GCCAGCUUUCACUGGUCCCUGGGAAUUGCAGCCAAGACCAGGGUAGGAAGAGAACAGUUUCUGGAAGAUGCGUCCAGUUGCUGCAGGUAUCUUCAAGACACUACUGUUUAUUUUCUCCUCCCUGUGUGCCUGGUAUUCUGGGUACCUGCUUGCAGAGUUCAUCCCUGACGUGCCUCUGUCCAACACUCUCUACAACAUCCGAAGCGUUGGAGGGAGACCUGUUCUCAAAGCCCCAGCCCCCAAAAGACAAAAAUGUGACCAUUGGUCCCCAUGUCCUCCUGACACUUAUGCCUACCGGCUGCUCAGUGGUGGUGGCCGAGACAAGUAUGCCAAGAUCUGCUUUGAGGACGAACUGCUAUUAGGAGAGAAGAUGGGGAAUGUGGCAAGAGGGAUAAACAUUGCUGUCGUCAACUAUAACUCUGGGCCAAUGGCCAAGUUCAUUCAGAGCACCCCUUCAAAAUCCCUGCUGUUCAUGGUGACUCAUGAUGAUGGAAGCUACAAACUGCAGGCUCAAGCAAAGGAUGCCAUAGAAGCCCUUGGAAGCCAAGAAAUCAAGAACAUGAAGUUCAGAUCAAGCUGGGUGUUUGUUGCAGCAAAGGGCUUUGAGCUCCCUUCAGAAAUCGAGAGAGAAAAAAUCAACCACUCGGAUCAAUCUAAGAACAGAUACUCGGGCUGGCCAGCAGAGAUCCAGAUCGAGGGAUGCAUACCCAAAGGGCUGAGAUAACGGUGCUUGGACCUCAAUAAACGUGUUUUGUACAGAUACACUCAGCUGGAAUGGCACAGGAGUCUGAUCCCUUCUGUGAAGGAAAGUGUUGAUGUGGUUUUGCAGUUUGUUGUAAACCAAUAAGACACUGUUAGUUACACUGGUUCUUAGCAGCUGAUGUUAUCUCACUGCCGUCUGUACGGUGAAGGAAUUUUCAACCUGGGACAACUUGCAGAAGGAAGACAUUUUGGGGGCUGGGGUGGAUGGAGGGUGGAAAGGAGUGAACCUGCUUGCUAG